AUGCACCCCAACUGCUAUCAGUGGGGCCACACUGUGGCCUGUCCUCCUAGCUCACUUUGGUUGCCUCUGGUGACGGAGUUGUGCCCUGGAGAUACUCCUGUGGGGGGGUGCUACCCGGGGCUGGGUGUUGAACCCAAGGCAGCAGGCCCGGCUGCUGCUGCCAGCCCUGAUCAGUCGUGGAGGCAGGGCAGAGGGCUUGGGUUUCCUCUUCACGCCUGUGACACACCUGUGAUGACACGUUCUUCCAGCCCAGGCUGCGCUCCACCUGUGGGGAGCCCGCCUGUGGCCCAGGAGCCAGCUUUUUGGCCUGUAAAAACAUGGGGCGUGUGUCCCAGCAGCUAUGAGCAAGUGAGGGGGUGGCAAGCCGGCCGCACAGGUCUUGUGGCCUCAGAUCUCCUCCCUACCCAACAGGCGGCUGGGGGCGGGCCACAGCCACAGAUUAAAGGCUGCCCAAAGCAGCCUGUGUGA